AUGGACCACUACACCAAUAUCAUGACCUGCACCGACUGCAUUGACCUCGCAGCCAAUGUCGCCGAUCUCCAGCACGCCCUAGCACUCACCAAGAUUGAAAUGAAACGCCGCGAAAUAAAAGCCACGGCGCCAUUUCAAUUUGAGAAGAAGGACAUGAGAAUCAUGAAACUAGAGUCUUACGUCCAUCAAGCUCAAGAAGCUGAGAUCAAGGCCGCUGAGGCUGCAUACGAGGAGUGCAAACGACAUCUCGAGAUUCUGAAAGAUCUUAACUGUAAGGAUCUGGACACAAAGAGCGACAAGAUUGCCAAACUCGAGGAGGGUCUUGAUGGGGCGCGGCAGCGAGUACAGGACGCCAAGAAGAGGCAAUUAGAUUAUCUGUUAAACUUCCGCUAUGCAGAAGAUGACUGA